AAAUCCAAAUCCCUCUCUCUCUCUCUCUCUCUCUCUCUCUCUCCUUUCUCUCUCCUCUUUCUCUCUCUUCUCCCCCCCAUGCCGUAGUUCGUACUGCUGCUCGGUGUUGGGUAAUUCUCGCAGCGAAGAAAAUCAGAAAAAUUGCUGCCCACACACACAUGCAGAUUUCAAUUCGUAUUUACCCGUUGCUGAUUGUUUGCUCUGUUCUCGGAUUCCGUAAGGGUUUGCUGAAUUCCCUUUCCAGAGGUCUAUUUUUGAUGGAUUUUAUCGCAGUUUUGAAGCAUUUAACCCUAGAUUACGGAUUGGGAAUUGGAAUUUUCCUGUUCGAGGGUUUUAAUCAGGUUUCCGAAUUUAUGUGCCUGUUUUUGCUGUUCUGUUUCGGUUUCAAAAUUCUGUACUCUGACGGUGUUUUCAAGGGUUUUGUUAGAUUUUUAUCUUGUUUUAGAGUGAAGCCAUGGGAAUUGACGAAUGUGGUUUGCUCAAAAAGUGUUCUUGCUGGUAAAUAUCUGCUGUGGGUACUGAUUAAACCCUUGAAUUUGAAUUUGAUUGAUAAAAAAAUGGAGAAGAAAUCGAUUCAUCGAUUAAACCCUUGUACUGAUGCCGAUGAGAAAGCAAACACUGACUGUGAUGAAGACUCUGAUGCUGAUAAUUGUGAGGAAGAUGACGAAUUCGAUGUUUUGAGGUUGAGGAAUUUGGUGAAAAUCGAGCGGCACAGGGCUAACGAAGCUUGCGAAGAACUCGCGAAGGAAAGAGGGGCUUCUGCGAGUGCGGCCGAGGAAGCAAUGGCAAUGAUUCUACGGCUGCAAAACGAGAAAAGUUCGAUCGAAAUGGAGUUGAAUCAAUUCAAAAGACUGGCUGAGGAGAAGCAAAUACACGAUCAAGAUGUGAUUCGAUCUUUGCAGUGGCUCGUUUUGAGGAACGAAUCCGAAAGGGGCUUAUCGGAAAACCCUCUCAAGAAGAUGUAUGAAUGUGAUGAUAAUGGUGAUGGAGAAGAGAGUUCCUUCAAUGGCAGCAUUUGGGAGGAUCUUGAAAACGUGCUUUACAGCUCGCGGGACGCUAACUUUUCGCCCGAGUAAGUUCUCGUGCAGGUCGCAUUUUUCCUGUGUUUCGAAAAUCAAGAACUGGAUAUAUACCAAUAAACAUUUUUUGCUAAGAAUAUCUUUGUGUUAAUAGAGAAAGAACAUCAUCAUUUCUUGCACUGGUCCAUUGUAAUCUUGUCUUGAUGAUUGGGUUUUAGUUUGGAUUAUUAAAAAAAAAGUCAAAUCUUUUUUGGAGA